GCUUGGUCUUUUUUUCCCACGAUCCCACGUGGUAUCACUCGAGGAGUUUUUGUGUUUUUUGGGGUCUGUGGUGACUGUUCUUUAUAAUGCGUCCGUUAACAGACGAGGAGACGAAAACGAUGUUUGAGAAGCUUUCCAAGUACAUCGGUGAAAACAUCAAACUCCUUGUUGAUAGGCCCGACGGGACGUACUGCUUCAGACUUCACCAUGAUCGUGUAUAUUAUAUUAGCGAAAAGAUGCUGAAGUUGGCUACAAAUAUAUCUCGAAACAAAUUGGUAUCUAUUGGCACGUGUUUCGGGAAGUUCACGAAGACUCAAAAGUUUCGUCUACAUGUUACAGCUCUUGAUUUUCUCGCUCCAUACGCCAAGUACAAAGUCUGGGUUAAGCCUGGAGCAGAACAGUCCUUCCUAUAUGGCAACCACAUCAUGAAGUCAGGCCUUGGUAGAAUUACAGAAAAUACCGCACAGUACCAAGGAGUAGUGAUAUAUUCAAUGGCAGAUGUACCGCUGGGCUUUGGAGUGGCAGCGAAAACCACACAGGAAUGCCGGAAAGUUGACCCUAUGUCGAUUGUGGUGUUUCACCAAGCUGACAUCGGAGAAUAUAUUAGGAGUGAGGAUACCCUGACCUGAGAGAAGAAUGUAUCUUUGAAUGGACUGUUGGUUACUGUAUAGCUACUGGACUACACAUAUUUUCUGUCGAAUGAGACCAAAAUCUACAAAUUUACAACAGGGAUUUUCACAAGCAAUUGAGACUUCACCUGUUUAAAGGCUGUUUUUGUCAGAUUUCUCCUAAUUCAGUCAUUGUUGAUGGCCAGUGUUUUAUAUAUGUUCCUCGGUGCCCUUCCAGAGAAGAAUGCAAAGUGAUUGUAAUGUGGCCUAAGGUCUCUGGACCCCCCAUAUAAAAAAAACAAAUGACUAAAACUUCAUAGUUUUAAUAGUUCUGAGCCUACCUUUAUUAUGCAAAAAAAAAAACUUUACAUAUGAAAGAACAAUUAUUUGAUGACCAUUGAAAAUAUCUUGAUAAAUCAAUAUUCACAAUGUAUUUACCAUAACCUUUUAGUUUCCAGUUGUAAAGACUAAUGCUUUGAACAUUCUCUUUGUGUCAUAAGUCUAGACAAUCUUGACCAGUUAUUACACUUGGCAUUGGGAUUUUAACUUGGAUCAUCUGACUAAUCCUACACAUUUAUAAAGCUGUGUUAUUCUA